AUACAUAUAAAAUCGGGUCACGAGUCGCUUUUCCAACACUUAAGGUUAAUAAGCAUCAUCUGACAAGAUAAAUUCAAUUUAAUAAAUGUUAAAACCUUAACCGAAAAUAUUGUACUAAUUAAUCAGCUCUCAACGUGUAAAGAAGUCAAAGUAAUUAUCAAUUUGACGAAAUUGAGUAAUAAAACUGUUUUAUAAUAAAAUGGAUGAGUUUUGCGGGUCACUUUUUUGGGAUCGGAAGGUCACCUGGGACACGACCGACCCAUAUUUCACACCUUGCUUCGAAAACACCGUUCUCACCUGGCUCCCUGCAGCCUUCCUCGUUUCAUUUGCCUUCUUCGAUAUAAACUUCUCCUUAAAUUCCAGGAAAAGGGAGGGCCUGCCCUGGAACCCGAUUAACAUUGGGAGAUCCUUAUUAAGCAUAGGUCUCCUCGUGGUGGGGGUGGUUCACUUAAUUUUACUACAAAAAUAUGAGGAAACGAGUAAAGUUGAAAAUGUGGCUGUGAUUGUGAGAUUAGUUUCUUAUAUUUUAGCAUUAUUUCUCUUAAUUCUUGGCAAAUUGAAAGGGAUCCGGGCAUCCGGGACUCAGUUUUUAUUUUGGUUGUUAGUAACACUUACUGAGGGGAUUUUAUUUAGAACGGCAGUAAGGAAAUAUGACGAUACGGUGGAAGAGUCAAUGCAACGUCACAUAUACCUCGUGCGGUUUGUUAUCUUCCCAUUGUGUGCCGGGCAGCUGAUCUUCCACUGCUUUUCCGACAGAGAUAAGGCCACUUGUGGAGUGGGGAAAAAGAGUCCCAUGCCGUUUGAAACGCCAUGCCCUGAAAAAGAAUCCUCUUUCAUUUCCAAAAUAACUUAUUCUUGGUUCGAUUCGAUCGCCUGGACGGGGUACAAAAGACCUUUGAACUUUGAAGAUUUGUGGGAUUUGAACAAAGAUGACAGAGCGGAUGAGCAAGUUCCAAUUUUUAUGAAGUAUUGGGAUGCUGCGGUUGAAACAGCAAAGGCAAACAUCACCAAAACCGGAAAAGCCAUACAAGUUUCAAUUGUUUCCAUCUUGUUCAAAUGUUACUGGAAAACGUUAUGCGUGGCGGGACUCAUGAAACUCUUACAAGAUUUGUUACCCUUCAUCUCACCCGAAUUAAUGAAAUUCCUCGUCGCCCACGUGGCCCCCCAAAGCACCGAAGAAUCCUGGAAAGGCUACCUCUACUCCGGCCUUCUCAUCUUGUGCUCCAUCCUGCAAACGAUUUUCGGCGUGCAACACAUGAAACGCAUGAUGCUUCUGGGCAUGCGCAUCCGUACCGUGCUAUCGUCCGCCAUCUACCGGAAAUCCCUAAUCAUAACUUCCGCCUCUAAGAGGGAUACCACCGCUGGGGAAAUUGUCAACUUAAUGAGUGUCGAUACUCAGCGACUUUUAGACUUAACGGGCUUCUUCUUCAUGGCGCUGACAGCCCCAAUUCAAAUUGGGUUGUCAAUCUACUUCCUCUACAACACGCUGGGUGUUUCAGUCUUCGCCGGUUUGGCGGUAAUGAUCCUGCUAAUCCCGUACACGGGAUUUACGCAAUCCCGCGUGAGAAACUUGCAAAUGAAACAAAUGCUCAUUAAGGAUCAAAGGGUUAAACUAAUCAACGAAAUUUUGGCGGGUAUGAAAGUUCUAAAACUGUACGGGUGGGAACAAUCUUAUGCGGAUCAAAUAACAAAGUUGCGGGAUCGCGAGAUGAUGUUAUUGAGGCGCGCGGCGCUGUACGGAACGAGUACGAUGUUUUCCUUUACGUGCGCCCCGUUUCUAGUUUCACUGUCAACCUUCGCGGUUUACGUGCUGACGGAUGAAACGCAUAAUUUGAAUGCGGAGAAAACGUUUGUUUCGUUAAGUUUGUUUAAUAUUUUGCGGAUGCCGAUGACCAUGUUGCCGGCGGUGAUUGCAAUCAUGAUUCAAGCGAUGGUUAGUGUGGAGAGGAUUAAUAGGUUCUUGAAUGCGGAGGAACUUGAGAAGAAUUUAGUGACUAAGGAGAAGAAUGAAGCUGAACCAGUUGUGAUUAAAGAUGCCUCAUUUUCAUGGACCGAUGAAAGUGUGACUUUGGCCGAUAUCAAUUUUAGCGUUAAGAAAGGGUCGUUGACGGCUGUCGUUGGAACUGUGGGCUCGGGAAAAACGUCUUUGCUCUCAGCCCUUCUCGGAGAUUUAAAGAAACAUAAGGGCUCAGUAAAUAUUGACGGUUCAGUUUCCUACGUAGCACAAACGGCUUGGAUUCAAAACGCAAGUUUAAGAGAAAACGUCCUUUUCAAAGAUGGUUUCCAAGAAGGAAAAUAUAAAAGUGUGAUUGACGCCUGUGCCCUGGGUCCUGAUCUAGAAUUAUUGGAGAAUGGAGACCAAACCGAGAUUGGGGAGAAGGGAAUUAAUUUAAGCGGUGGCCAAAAACAACGUGUUUCCUUAGCCCGGGCAGCCUAUAAAGAGAGCGACAUCUAUCUCUGGGAUGAUCCACUUUCUGCGGUCGAUGCGCACGUGGGAAAACACAUCUUCGACAAACUCAUCGGACCGCAAGGUCUCCUUAGCUCGAAAACUCGAAUCCUUGUAACUCACGGGGUCUCCUUCCUUCCAAAAGUUGACAAAAUCGUCGUCCUAAAAGACGGUAGGGUCAGCGAAUCUGGAACAUUUCAACAACUUCUAAAAAACCGCGGAAGUUUCGCCGAAUUUUUAGCGCAACACUUGGACAUCGGGGAAGGGGAAGAAAUUGACGAAAGUUUUGUCGAAGAAAUCGGAGAAAUCGUUGGCAUGGAGACAUUACGUCGAAACAGUUCAAAGGUUGAUGCCCUAAAAAGAAGGUCGACCCAGGAAAGUAUUAGAAAUAGAAAGAAAGGAAAUUUAGUAAAAUUGGAGGAUGAAAAACCAAAAUUGAUUCAGGCUGAAACCACAGCAGAGGGAAAUAUUCAGGGCGGGAUAAUUUUUGAAUAUUUCAAACAAGGCGGGUUCUUAAUCUUCAUGGUGGGGAUUAUGUUCUCCAUAACGUCCAAUGCAGCUUCAACAUAUGCAAAUAUCUGGUUAUCGCAAUGGUCGAAGCAAGCCACGAUCGAUGAAAUGGAGCGAAAUGGAACGAACGAUAGAGAAACGACGGACAAAUAUUUAGGAGUUUAUGGCGGCCUAGGAGCCGCGCAGGCGGUUACGGUUCUCUUUGGGGCGGCAAGUAUCGCCAUGGCAACGUUGAAUGCGGCGGAGAAACUGCAUUUUGGCAUGCUGAGAAAGGUUGUACGAGCACCGAUGUGGUUCUUUGAUACCACGCCGUUGGGCCGAUUGAUAAAUAAGUUUAGUAAGGAUAUGGACACGGUGGAUAUCGUGUUACCCCAGAACUUGAGAGGGGGAAGUACGAUUUUGUUUAAUACGUUGAGUGCCAUUGUCAGUAUUGCGUACAGCACGCCGUUGUUUCUGACGUUUAUUGCGCCGGUGGCAGUCUUCUAUUUUUUCCUGCAGAGAUUUUACGUUGCCACAUCUCGCCAACUCAAACGAAUGGAAUCCGUCUCAAGAUCUCCAAUUUAUUCCAAAUUUGGCGAAACAAUUUCUGGUUCCACGACAAUAAGGGCGUUCGGGCUGCAAGACGAUUUUAUAAUUGAGAGCGAUAAAAAGAUUGAUGAUAACCAGCAAGCCUAUUAUCCCUUCAUUGCUUCCAAUUUAUGGAUAGCUACACGACUCGAAGCCAUCGGAAGUCUAAUCAUAUUUGCCGCCGCAAUGUUUGCCGUUGCUUCAAGAGAGUCCAUAGAUCCAGAGAUUGUCGGCCUUUCGAUAAGCUCCGCCCUUCAAAUCACAGCGCUGCUAAACUUUUUGGUGAGAACGGCUUCCGACUUAGAAACAAAUAUUGUUGCCGUGGAAAGGAUUUCGGAGUUGAAUUCGACACCACAAGAGGCCCCGUGGGAAACUGGGCUAAAACCUGCGAAAGAAUGGCCAAGUGAGGGGAAGGUGGAAUUUUCAAGGUAUGAAACGCGGUACAGGGAAGGCCUCGACUUAGUUCUUAGAGGGAUCAGUUGCACCUUUAAACCUGGGGAACGAAUUGGGAUUGUUGGGCGCACAGGCGCGGGAAAAUCAUCUCUAACACUUGCCCUCUUUCGGUUGAUCGAACCAACUUCCGGAAAAAUUUUGAUUGACGGUCAAGACAUUGCCGAAAUCGGGUUGCACGAUCUCCGCAAAAAAAUAACGAUAAUCCCCCAAGAUCCUGUCUUAUUUUCAGGUAUUCUGCGCACAAAUUUGGAUCCGUUCUCGGCGCAUACGGACCAGGAGAUUUGGGACUGUUUGGAGUCUGCGCAUUUGAAAAGUUACGUCUCCACUUUGCCCCAAGGGUUGGAGUAUGAGGUGGCGGAAGAAGGCCAGAAUUUUAGUAUGGGUCAGAGACAACUGGUUUGUUUGGCUAGGGCACUUUUGAGGAAAACUAAAAUCCUGGUGUUGGACGAAGCAACGGCCGCCGUGGAUUUAGAGACGGAUGACUUAAUACAGAAAACGAUAAGAGAGGAAUUUGCAGAAUCGACUGUGAUAACGAUAGCUCACAGAUUAAAUACUAUAAUGGAUUCGACAAGAAUUGUCGUGUUGGAUAAAGGUCAAAUUGUUGAGUUUGACACUCCCGUGAAUUUGAUGAGCGAUAAAACCACAAUCUUCUACAGUAUGGCUAAAGAUGCAGGACUAACGCAAUAAGAAAAUUAUUUAACAGUUAGUUGUAAAAUAGAUUAUUUUAGCGUUUUAUGUGCAAACUUAGUUGUGAUAAAUAGUCGAACAAAAUAUUUAUAUAAAUUUCUCGAUUACGUACAAAUUUCCUGAAGCGUACCGGCAAAUAAUAUAAUUUUCCGAAUUGUACCACACUUUUUAAUAUAUAUUAAACAAAUUUCAAAUAUUGCAAUA